AUGUCUGGGUUAAAGCAACGCCGGAAUUUGGACGAAAAUGCCGUUUUAAAUCAGGAAACUGUGAGUUUUAAUAAAGAUUACUGGCAACGAGUUGGGCCGAAAGUGGGUCCCCAUGGUAGUGUAAAAUAUAAAAGGAUACGAAGGGUUUGUGAGCCCGGCUUUUCAGAUUGAACAAGUUUGGAUAACUAUUUUUUUGCAGUGAAAAAAAUCUGUGCAAUUUCCACACUCCAUCCAAUUUAUUUCAGUCCAACUUCCACGAAGCCGAAAAAAUUUUAUUUUUGGGAUCCUUUGGCGAUGCAACCUUUUAUUGCAACAUCCCCCGUGGGUUUUUCGAACUCCAUAAUUAAAAAAAAAAUUUUUGGGCCAUUAUUUCCCAAGUUAUUAGCAACACAAACAUCCCAGGUCCUGGUGGUCCAUCCUGUAUGAUAAAAAAAGGGCGAGCUUUGGUAUAUUUCCGACUUGAAAUUCGAUCACACUCAACACCAAUUUUUAAACUUAAAAACUGUUUUUUAGGCCACAAAAGCACUGGCCACAAUGUUAUCGAAAGUAAACUCGACCGAAAAAACGGACGACCAAGUACAAGACGUUCCCGCUGAAGAACCCAAAGCCGUUGAGGCAGAAAAAUCCGAGAACAGUGUCCACCCCGCUCCCAUUGGCUUCUUCGCCGCCCUAACAGAAAUGUUCACCACCGACUUUGCGGGUAUUGCCAAGAAAGGGGAAUGA